UGAUUGUACUGGUCUGGCUGGUGAGAAGCAAGCUGGUUCCAAGAUCUGACAAGCUCUAUCUAUCCGAAGAAGAUCGAGAACACCGGACGUUAGCGGAUACUGUGGUAUGAAGACCGCCCCCCCCCCCUCCCCCAGUGAUGUCAUCGACCGUGCUGGUCCUUCUGGGCAGGUGUCGUCACGCCCUCCUGUCUGCUCGCUCACUCUCUGAGGCCAAUGCCAUGGCAACAGCCUCCUCAUUGCCGUGGCGCUGCGGUGCCACGGCGACCGUGCGGUCCUGCAGCAGCGUCAGGUACGACCCCGACGGCAGUGGUCGCCCGGCAACCUGGGACUCAUUCGGUAUCUGGGACAACCGGAUAGACGAGCCCAUCCUGCUGCCAUCCAGCAUCCGCUACGGCAAGCCUAUCCCCCAGGUGUCUCUCUCCAGGGUGGGGACAGCGUCGGUGCUCGGCCAGAGGAAGCAGAACGAGGACCGACUCCUGAUGGGUCGUCUCCAUGACAACGUGCUGUACUUUGCCGUGUUCGACGGCCACGGAGGACACCACGCCGCCGAGUACUGUCACACACACCUGGAGGCAGUCCUCAGAGAUGGUCUGGAGGAAGAGGAUGACUUGGAGAAAGUGUUGAUCAAAACUUUCCUGGAGCUGGACAAGGCUCUGCACACGCACCUCAGUUACUAUGGCAACGCAUCAUCCCUGACUGCGGGUACCACGGCGACGGUUGCCGUGCUGCGUGACGGGGUGGAGCUGGUUGUGGGGAGCGUUGGGGACAGCCGUGCGCUGCUCUGCAGGAAGGGGCGGGGCCUCAAGCUCACACACGACCACACCCCCGACAGGAAGGACGAAAAGGAGAGGAUCAGGCAGAGCGGGGGGCUGGUUACGUGGAACAGCCUGGGCCAGGCCACCGUUAACGGGCGUCUGGCGAUGACUCGAAGCAUCGGGGACUUCCACCUGAGGAGCAGCGGGGUCAUCCCCCUGCCGGACACACGCAGAACACACGUGCAGCAUCACCAUGACACCUUCUUGGCCCUCACCACCGACGGCAUCAACUUCCUGAUCACCGACCAGGAGAUCUGUGAUGUCAUCAACCAGUGCCACGACCCCCACGAGGCGGCACAGGUCAUCUCACAGCAGGCACUGCAGUAUGGCUCGGAGGACAACAGCAGCAUCGUGGUGGUCCCUCUGGGCUCCUGGGGCAAACAGCACAGCUCCAUGCACAGCUACUCUCUCAGCCGCACCUUCACCAGCUGUGGCCGCUGGGCCUGAACACACACACACUUAGAUACACACACACACUUAGAUACACACACACACACUUAGAUACACACACACUUAGAUACACACACACACACUUAGAUACACACACACACACACUUAGAUACACGCACACACUUAGAUACACACACACACACUUAGAUACACACACACACACACUUAGAUACACACACACACUUACAUAUACACUCACACUUUGAUAUGCUCACACACACAAUUAUGCACAAACACAUGCUGUCAGUGUACAAAUUGAAUAUUUAUAUCAUGUUUGCAAAGUGUUGACAUUUUGUGAAAAUGUACAUAUUUGUGUACAAACUGUAUAUAAUGAUGUAAGUGUAGUAUUGCUGUACUCUGGUGAAUACCCAUGUUAACAGGCUGUUGUGUCCAGGACGGUUUUAAGUGUAACUUAACUCCCAAACAAACCUCUUCUCGAGUUAACCGCUAUGGUUAAUGUUCAACAUCAAGAGGCUGACAUUAGCGAGUAUAGUUUCACUUUAAGCACAGCUAUAGUAUUAAAACGGACGGAACUAUAUUAGCACUGCAGGUCCUCUGUUGGCGCUCGAGCUGUUAAAUCUUCUGAAUGUCUGUAAAGAAUGUACACGAGUCGGCUGUUGAAGUUCAACCCGACCUGGUUACGACCGUGGUCACGCCAUACCGCCUAGCCAGCCAAUGCGAACGCGGCUCGUGACGAGUCGGGAAGUUAAAAAUAGAUUCAACGUGACCAACAUAUAGUGACGGCCGUUACAGACUUUUUUUUCCGAUAUGAUGGAUGUGUCAGCUACGUAAAGGUCCUGCACGCAGAACUGAAAGUGACGUUGUCAAGAAAAGCAGGACCUAAUCAUAUGUUCAGGAUCAAACUUGUUAAAUAUUAAAAGCCCAACACCAUUCAGCUGGUUCUAAAAACUAACUAUCUAAAAGAAACAUGACAGAAUGUAAUAAUAAUUGUUGUAAUAACUGGUUGAUUUCCACCUGUUAUUAAUGUUUGAGUUAAAUAAUUUUCAUGUGGAUGUGAUUCUGCUGUGUGUGGAGUUAAAUAAACGGCCCUCUAGAAA